AUGGAUGACAAUGAAGAUGUUCAUCCUGACUUGCCAAAUAUUUUCAAUGAUAAGCUCAAUUGGAAGGAGCAGGAACCUGACUUAGGGGAGUUGCUUUGUGAUGUUUGUAAGGAUGCUAAUAAUGGAAUAUUCCCAAUUGCUUGGGCGAUUGUUCGUGUGGAAAACAAGGAGAAUUGGAAAUGGUUUAUAGAAACUCUUUUUGAAGAUUUGCAAUGUUGGAAUGAAGGACAAGGUUUGGUUCUAAUUUCAGAUCAACGCAAGGAGUCUGUGAAUGUUACAAAAUUGGGUGGGGAUGAUGAGGUAAUGGUUGAUGCAGGGGAUGCAUUGAAGAAGGCUGGUCAGGAAGAGCAAAUGGUGGGAAUCAAUGGACGGUUUGAAGGGGUUAAGGUUAAUGCUCGUGUUCGUCAAGUUCAGCAUGUACGACCACCUAAUAAAAGGAAGAAGUUAGAAAGAAUCAUUAAAAUGAAGCUUGCUAAAAGCGUGGGAGGUGAAGGUAGUAGUCAUGUAACGACCAUCGAUUUAGAUUAG